UUUCUCAAAGUGACAAAAUGUUAUUUUCGAAAAAAAUAUUCCUGUUGCCUGCAAUCACACUUCUGCUGCUAACUAGAGUUUCUUCGCAAUCAGCAACUUCAGAAUCUUAUAAGCUUUCAAAAGACGAUUGGACGUACGAAGAAAAUGCGACCACAGGAGAUAUUUCCGGGCAGCUAAUCGUCAGUCAUGACACACCCUUUUCUCCGCAGCGCAAAUACAUUGUCACUCUCAUCAAGCUCAACUGGUUUGCGGCUUAUGCUUUCUGCGAGCAAAAUGGUUGGUCGCUGGUCAGCAUUGAAUCUGCAGCGGAGCAAUUUCAAGUGCAAAAUUAUAUAAAUUAUUUUAAUCUGGAGAGCAGCGAUUUCUGGACUUCUGGCAAUAAGUUAGCCGACUUACAGAACUUCCGUUGGGGUUACAAUGGUUCCAAAUUUAGUUAUACAAACUGGGCGAUGGGUCGACCCGAUAAUUUCAUGGGCGGUCAGCAUUGUGUGAAAUUGCUGGAGAACUCUUUGAAGUGGGACGAUGAUUUCUGCGAGAAUAGUCAUCAUUUCAUUUGUCAAAUGGAUAGAAAUUCGAGUAACAAUUACACGCCGCCAUACGAAUAAACAUUUGUGUGAAUAAAUAGGGGAUUUCGGACUUCUAUUAAUAGAAAACGUUUCUUCAAAAUUUUUAAAAAUUUUUAGACUUCUUGCAAGCUUAGAAGAUAUAAAUAUUAGUCGAGAAAUAUUAAAAAAUUAUUUAAAACAUACCACUAAGUUAUCAAAUUUAACGAUUUCCUUUCAGAUAGUUUACUAAUGUAAAAUUCAAACAAAAUAUUUAUUAUUCAUAAUGCUUUUAAUUGCAUUUUUGCUGAAAAUUGGAUUUUUGGCAGCCA